AUGCAAGACUUUGAGGAGGCUCUGAUCUUGUCCGUGGAACUACGGAUCCGACUCGUAAUUGGAGGCUCCUUAUCGCGUGUAACCCAUCUUCUCCCUCGAGCAACAACAGCCUCCACGACUGCUGCCGGGAUCAUUAUCAUAAUCAUCCUUAUCAUCACUGGUAUCGCUGUGAUCUUCUGCAUCGUUGUAGGAAUCAUCAUCGCAAAGAACAAAAUCCAAGCGCGCAGGCGCCAGAAAAUUAUGGAGGCUUCACGACCCACAAAUCAACACGAGUACCGGGCCCUCGAAGACAUGGAACCAGGGAGUGGAGGCAUUCAGGAGCUGCCGCCCGAUAAUCAAGUGGAGGAUCCGGUGCCAUUACAGAAAGUGGAACUACAGGCGGACACGAAUGCCAUUCCAACGGUACAGCAGUUAGAUGGGUUCACUGCGCCAGUAAGACUUAUGCUAGGAUGUGUAGAGGUGCAAGGACUGACAGUGGUAGCCACGGACAAACAGUCAACCAAUCGAACUUCCAUCGAAUCCCCAUACUGCCGUAGGCCCGGGACGGUAGAAUGCUGAAUGUGGGCUUGGGUGCAAGAACCAAAAACUUUGAUGAGGCACCCAAUCGCCGUUUCCUAGCCAUAAGAGUUCUUCCUUACUAGAGGGAUGGAAAUCUGUACCUGUUAAAGCGCAGUCUGAUGAAGCCAAGCGUCCGUUUUCAAGGCAUAUGUUGCUCUGCGUAUAGGAAU